AUGGCUCCCAAGCGCCACGCGGCCUCAACUACCUCCGCGGCACCUUCUACAUCCACGCCUGCACCCGCGCCCACAACACCCAAACUCUCCUCAGGCCCAACAACUCUCAAGACCAAUGCGUCAGCCGCCGAGAUCGCCGGUCAUGUCUGGCAGCAGUAUGCAUCCACAACGCCGCAGCGGACACUCCUCCUAGAUGCCUUCAUGGCGUUCUUGGUUCUUGUUGGUGGAUUGCAGUUCGUGUACUGUGUUCUAGCUGGAAACUAUCCCUUCAAUGCCUUCCUCAGUGGCUUCAGUGCUGCUGUUGGUCAAUUUGUUCUUACGGCGAGUCUGCGCAUGCAAACUAGCGAUAGUGGUACUGGUUCUGGAUCGAAGCCGAGCUCCAAGGGGAAGAAUGCGCGCUUUGCAGAUGAGAGUGAAGAGCAGGGGACGGGUAUUUCGCAUGAGAGGGCUUUCGCCGAUUACAUCUUCGGAAGCUUGAUCCUACACUUUUUCUGCGUCAACUUUAUCAACUGA